AAAAAAGGAACACACGAAAUAAGUGUGAGAAAGAGUCUCUCUCUUUGAGUGUAUAAGUCAUGCAGCUCAAAACAUCAUCAUGUUCAUCAUCUUCUUCUUCUUCUCCAUCACCAUCCAUGAAACUCAAAACCCUAAUCCAAAAUCUCCUUGCACACCCUCUCUACCGUUUCCUUAGAGCUGUCUCUAGAGCUAAGACAAUCUUUCUAGAGAUGUCUAAACACAACAACAAGAAACGAAAGCUCACCAUGUUUUUUCCAAGAAAGGCUUCAAAGAACCAACGCAAGAUCUUCUUCGGGUCGUUCAGAUUGCAUUACAACUGGUGUUCUUCUGAUGUUGUUCCCGUGCCUCAACCUUUCCCUUUUUCUGUCUCUGACAUCAAUGGUCAAGAAGAUGAUGAGUCUCAGCUCUCUGGCUACCUCGAGUGGCUGGAGCACAAGAAGGUUGAGGAUUUGGAAGAGGUAAGAGAUGUUGCAGGAGCCAAUGAUGAUGAUGGUGAUGAUGAUAUUGAUCAUUUGGCUGAUAUGUUCAUUGCUAAUUGCCACGAGAAGUUCUUGCUCGAGAAAGUGGAAUCUUACAGGAGGUUUCAAGAAAUGUUAGAAAGGGGUUUGUGAAACAUUGAUUUUGACUUUUGUCACAUUAAUUAAUAAUCAUGUUGUAAUAUCUUUUAGCUAGUUUGAUUUGAUAGUAUUGCCACAAGGUGGUGAAUUGUGUCUUGAAAGUUUUGGGGGUAAUGUGCAAGAAGUUGAAACUUUUGGGGUUGUCAGUGAAACAUGAUAUUGUAAAAACAAUAAAUAGUCAUGUCCAUCU